AUGUUGUCGGUAUCCAGAAGAGCGACAGGCGCCUUGUCGCGGCAGCUCCGCGUUGCCUCGCGACCCUUCACCGUUUCCGCGGCCGCCCGCACGACCGAGAGACCCGCCGUCGUCGAGAAGACCGAGACUGUCACCCCCCAGGUGUCCGACAACAGCGUCCCUCAGGAGGUCGGCCAGGCCCCCAACCGAUCCCUCGUCUGGUCGCGCAGCCAGAAGCCCAGAGCCCAGGCCAUGACCGGCCCCCGAUUCGAACAGACCGACUUCUCCCUUCAGCCACAACCGCACUCCGCGAUGGAGCUCAUCCACGAGCAACCGGUGACGUGGACUCACAACCGCGUCGUUGCGUGCGACGGUGGCGGUGGUCCCGCUGGCCACCCCAGAAUCUUCAUCAACACCGACAAGCCCGAGAUCGCUUCCUGCAACUACUGCGGUCUGCCUUACGCCAACGAGCACCACCGCAAGCACCUCGAGUCUCUCCCGGAGACCUCUUACCCCCUCGCAUAG